UUUAUUCAAUUGCUAGAGUUUAUUUAACUAUUUUAAAUUUGCCACGUCAUCUAAGAUAUAAAAAAGAAAACACAAUUUUUGUUAGUCUUAUUCCUAGACCAAAAGAACCACUAACAGAAAAAAUUAAUUUAUAUUUGGAUCCAUUAGUUGAUGAGAUUAAACAAUUAUGGGCUGGUCAAUCAUUUGCAACUAUAAAAUAUCCAGUUGGAAGAAUAUAUUAUGGAGCUUUAAUUUUAGUUUCAUGUAAUAUACUAGCAAGAAAUAAAAUUUGUGGAUUUUCUAGCCAUUCUUCUAAACAUGCAUGUUUUAAAUGCAAAAAACCUUUUAAAACUAAUGAUACUUCAGACCAAUCAAAUAUUGAUAAUUAUACUUUACGAACUAUUGAAGAAUAUAAAAUAAUAGCUGAGAAAUAG